CGUUUCCGGAAAACGUGUGUCGAAAAAGUCGCAUGCGUGUUUCUUGUACACCGUGCUGAAUACAUGCUGCUUGCAACCUGUACUAUCUAUUUAGUUACAUUUUUGAAUAUUGGCUCUAGAGGAGACGCUUAAAUUAUUCCUAUCUUUUCCCGGACCACUUUCCAACUAGGUGUCAGCCAUGGGCAGGAAAUUGGAUCCCACAAAUAAGACAAAGCGCGGACUGGGGCGGAAGUCCAGGAAGCAAAAAGGAGCAGAGACAGAACUAUCCAAGUUUUUAACCAACGAGGAUGAUUCUAAAAGGUUGUCUAGUCGAGGCAGAAAGAGAGCUGCAAAACGCGCGACAGUCAAAGAUUCCAAGGCUGCCACCAUCACUGAGAAGAAGCAAAAAAAAGGUUUCACUGAUGAGAACAGCAAGUGGCUGAAACCAGCAAAGCUGAAACGAAAAAUGGAGUCAGAUGAUGAAGAUGAUGAUGAUGAUGAUGAUAGUGAAUGGGAAUUAGAAGAAGAUGAGGAGAAAGCAGAAAAAAUUGUGAAAGGAGGUGAUGACGACAAAGCCAAUGAAGAUGACGAUGAGGAGGAUGAUGAUGAAGAUGAUGAUGAUGAUAUGGUGGAUGACUAUGGAGCAGAGGAAGAUGAAGGCAGCGAUGGAGAGGAGCUGCUUCCUAUUGAAAAAGCUGCUCGGAAACAAAAGGCAAAGAAAGAAGCUCUGGAGCAGGAGAGUGAUGAUGAUGAUGACGACGACGAUGAUGAUGAUGAUGAUGACGACGAUGAUGACGAAGAGGCCGAUCAAGAAAAGGAUGAUGAGAUGGAAGAUGAUGACGCUUUACAGAUUAACAUGGAUGAGAUGGACAAAUUUAAGCUUCCUGGGGCAGAAGAUAGACAGAAAGAAGGAAUUAUUCCUUUAGACCUGCAAACCAUUCACCAGAGGAUAAAGGAUAACAUUGACGUUCUCACCCACUUUACUGAGAAGAGGGAGGAAGGGAAGGAGAGGUCAGAGUACCUCGCCCUUCUCAAGUCAGAUCUUUGCACGUACUACAGUUAUAACGACUACCUUAUGGGCAAACUUCUGGACCUCUUCCCCUUAUCUGAACUGGUUGAUUUCUUGGAGGCUAAUGAAAUCCAGCGACCUGUUACUAUCAGAACGAACACACUGAAGACCAGGAGAAGGGACUUGGCUCAGGCUCUCAUCAACAGAGGGGUGAAUCUGGACCCACUGGGAAAAUGGUCAAAAGUUGGCUUGGUCAUUUUUGACUCCUCCGUCCCCAUUGGUGCAACUCCAGAGUACCUGGCCGGGCAUUACAUGUUGCAGGGAGCGUCCUCUCUCCUGCCCGUCAUGGCACUCUCUCCCCAGGAGGGGGAGUCCAUCCUCGACAUGAGCUCUGCUCCAGGAGGCAAAACCACAUAUAUGGCCCAGCUGAUGAAGAACACUGGGGUCAUCGUGGCAAACGAUGCAAAUGCUGACCGACUGAAAAGUGUGGUGGGAAACAUGCACCGCUUGGGUGUCACAAACGCCAUCGUCUGCAACUACGAUGGAAGGCAGUUCCCUAAGGUAAUGGGAGGAUUUGACCGGGUGUUGCUGGAUGCCCCAUGCGCUGGAACAGGAGUCAUCUCCAAAGAUCCUUCAGUGAAGACCAAUAAGGAUGAUUCGGACAUCAUGCGCUCCGCUCACCUGCAGAAGGAGCUCCUGCUGUCGGCCAUCGACUCAGUCAACGCAGAUUCGCAGACGGGCGGCUACCUGGUCUACUGCACCUGCUCCAUCACGGUGGAGGAGAAUGAGUGGGUGGUGGAUUAUGCGCUGAAGAAGAGACACGUGAAACUGGUGCCGACCGGCCUGGACUUUGGCAAAGAGGGCUUCACCAGAUUCAAAGAGCGGCGUUUCCACCAGUCGUUGAAUCUCACGCGGCGCUUUUACCCUCACCUGCACAACAUGGACGGCUUUUUCGUGGCCAAGUUCAAGAAGAUCUCCAACACCGUUCCCACGGCUGCUGCUAACACAGAGGAAGAGACGGAGCCUACUGAGGCAGAGGUGUCUGUUCCUGCUGAGGAGAACUCCGCAGUGGACAGCAAAGAAGAGGAGGCCGGUAAGGCUACACAGGGGAAGAGUCAGCCUGCCAAGAAGUCAGCCAAGCCUCCGAAACCCCCACAGGGUAAAGGCCAGCCAGGCAAAACGGCAGCCAAAGCUAACGGCGUGCCUGCGAAACCCGCCGGCGAAAAGAAACCGGGCUCUUUGAAGAAGAAAGACAAACCGAGCGGGCCGAAAAAAGCCAAAAUAGCCAAGCUGGACGGAGAGGCAGUGAAACAGGGCGAUGAGGUCAAGGAGAAGAAAAAGGGUAACCAAGAGGGUGACGUGACCAAGAAAGAGCCAGGGGCAGAGAAAAAAGAAGGGAGCAGAUUUGAAAAGAAGACGCUGAAGAAGAAAAACAAGAGUCCCAUGAAAAAGAACAGAAUCGGCAAAAAUAAAUUUAGGAAGCUGAAGAAACUGCUUAAUAACGAUGAGUCUGUGCUGUAAAAUAAAGCCCAUCAAGUGAGAAUUUGAAUGAACUGGUAUAACUCCUGGGCUGUUUUGGCCUCCGAGCUUGUUAUAGAUGUUGUCACGGUUUGAGUGGAGUCAGAUCGAACUAAGGCCUGCUACUUAAGACAUGCUGGGUGCGGCUGAACAUCACUGCAACCUGUUCACGUUCCAUUCCGCUGUACGUUCUCUUCGUGACCUUCGACUGCCCCUGGACUUGAGUGAUCAAUAAGUGACGGCUGUGUGGGUCCACCCACAGUGGAACAAUUUCUUAUUAAUAUGUUUAUUUUUUAACGUUUUCUCUGGAUUGUGAGUGUUAUCUAUGAAUCGGUAAUGUCAGAAUUUUUCAUUGAGUUAAUAAACUCUAUGAUCCUGA